CCGGAACCCUGUGAACAGAUCCAGGUGUCCUCGCGGAAGCAGUCCGUCAGCGCGCGCUACCGACAGCGGCACCAUGAGGCUAUGGCCGCAGGCAUGGGGUGCCGUAGGGGCCGCUUGGCGCGAGUGUUUCCCUCUGCAAGGUCACGACGUAGCACGCUGGUUCCCCGGCCACAUGGCCAAGGGUCUAAAGAAGAUGCAGAGCAGUCUGAAGCUGGUGGAUUGUGUCAUCGAGGUUCAUGACGCCCGGAUCCCACUUUCAGGUCGAAACCCUCUGUUCCAAGAGCUACUUGGUCUGAAGCCUCACUUGCUUGUCCUUAACAAGAUGGACUUGGCAGAUCUCACAGAGCAGCAGAAAAUUGUCCGGCACUUAGAAGAAAAAGGCCUGAAGCAUGUCAUUUUUACCAACUGUGUAAAGGAUGAAAACAUCAAGCAGAUCGUCCCAAAAGUCUCGGAACUGAUCAGCUGCAGCUACCGCUAUCACCGAGCUGAGAACCUGGAGUACUGCAUCAUGGUGGUCGGUGUCCCCAAUGUAGGCAAAUCCUCUCUCAUCAACUCCCUGAGGCGGCAGCACCUCAGGACAGGAAAAGCUGCCAGAGUGGGUGGUGAGCCGGGAAUCACCAGAGCUGUGACAUCCAAAAUCCAGGUAUGUGAGCGUCCACUGAUGUUCUUGCUGGAUACUCCUGGAGUCCUGGCUCCUCGGAUUGAAAGCGUGGAGACAGGCCUGAAGCUGGCCCUGUGUGGGACUGUGUUGGACCACCUUGUUGGGGAAGAGACCAUGGCUGAUUACCUCCUUUACACCCUCAACAGGCAUGGGCUAUUUGGGUAUGUGCAGCACUAUGGCCUGGCCAGUGCCUGUGACCACAUAGAGUCGGUGUUGAAGAGCAUGGCUGUGAAGUUGGGGAAGACACGGAAAGUGAAGGUGCUCACAGGUACAGGUAAUGUCAAUGUUAUCCAGCCUGAUUACGCCAUGGCGGCCCGUGACUUCCUCCGGAAAUUUCGCAGUGGGCUAUUGGGCCAAGUGAUGCUGGACUGUGACAUUCUGCCUGCUUGCUGAUGACACUGAUCCCUGAACUGGCUGACUGGAGUAUGGUCUCCUGCGUACUCCAUGGAACCGCAGCUGGAGUGCUUAAUGCU